AAACAUUGAAAGAGUUUGUUGACAUUUUUCUGCGCACAUCUGGUCUGGGCCAGAAGUCAUUGCACUGAAACACCCCUUUUUGUGUGAGAACCACCUACAACAGCAGUUUUCCUCUCAACUUGAAAUGAUAUUCUGCUAUGACUCCAAAAGCGCAUCAAGCUAGAUUGCAGGAAUUCAAAGAGUUAUUGGAUGCCCCGAAGAUCGAUCUCAAAAGACUGAAAGCUCUGUCUUUUAAUGGAGUACCAGAUGAACAUGGGCAUAGAGCCUUAUGUUGGCGGCUUCUCCUCAACUAUUUGCCACCUGAGCGAGCGCAGUGGGAUAGUAUUUUGGAAAGAAAACGCAAAUUAUACCAGCAAUUUAUUGAGGAGAUGAUCGUAAGUCCCGGAGAGGGUGAAAUGGAGGCUCAAAGCGACCAUCCCCUAUGUGUGAAUCCUGACAGUCAAUGGCAAACUUACUUUAGAGAUAAUGAAGUCCUCUUACAAAUUGAUAAAGAUGUCAGGCGACUUUGUCCAGACAUUUCUUUUUUCCAACAAGCCUCCGAGUUUCCUUGCCAGAGUGUGGUGUACAGUUCUGGAAGAAAACGCUUGCAUCGCCGUGUUCAAUUGUCAGUCCUCAAUUCGGCUAAUGUUGAGCGCAAACACUUAGGAAUCCUCAAGCAUAAUUUAUUGAUAAAGAAAGCGCAAGAAGACUAUGUACCUUUGGAGGAGGGCUCGGAAGCUCACUGGGAAGUAGUUGAAAGACUCUUAUUCCUGUACGCCAAGCUAAACCCAGGCCAGGGCUACGUCCAAGGCAUGAAUGAAAUCAUAGGACCAAUUUAUUACACUUUUGCCUGUGACCCAUCUACUCAAUGGAGAGAGCAUGCAGAGGCUGACUGUUUCUUCGUUUUUACUAACCUCAUGGGUGAAAUCAGAGAUUUUUUCAUCAAGAGUCUCGAUGAAGCAGAGUGUGGCAUCAACCGCUUGAUGAACAAAUUGAUCAGCCAGUUGCAGCAUCAAGAUCAUGCAGUCUAUGAACUUCUGCGCCGUCAAGAACUUUGUCCGCAAUAUUACAGCUUCAGGUGGCUUACGCUCAUGUUGUCUCAAGAAUUUCCUUUGCCUGAUGUUUUGAGGAUUUGGGACUCCUUAUUUGCGGAUGAAGACCGAUUUUCAUUUCUCAUCCAUGUUUGUUGUGCCAUGAUAAUGUUAAUUAGAAAUCAACUACUGAACAAUGAUUUUCCCAAUAAUGUAAAAAUUUUACAGAACUUCCCGCUGUCUGACAUCAGCGUUGUUCUAUCCAAAGCUGCUGAACUCUCUGCCAAAUUGGGAAAUGUUUUCCGGUGAGAGACAAGGAGCUCCUGUCUCGAAAGCAAACGUUCAAUUCUCAAAAAGUAUCUGUGAUCUUGUUAUACAAAUUUUUAUUAUUCAUACAUGUUUUUAUUCAUACAUGUUUAUACCUUGUGUAUCAUUCUGAAAGAUCUAGACCUCUGUUUACUCAAAGAACAGAAUCAUUAUACAUGAAAUGUUUCUGUGUUUGCUAUAUAACUUUCCUCUACCUGUUUUGUACUCGUCUUUCCCAUCUAGUUUUCAAUGCAUAAGUUUCAUUAUAAGAUUAAUAAUACUCGCUAGAUUCUGAUGGCAGCUGGAACUACACUCUCUCAUAUCUUAAAGGAGACUUAUGAGGAACUCCCUCAAAACAACAAACUUUCUGAUAAUUUUUAGUUAUUUCUCGUUCAUUAUUUUGGUAAUAUUAGGUUUUGUUCAGUUGUUUGCAUGCAAAAUGAACGACAUUUUGAUGGUCAGAGUGCUGAACCACAUAUAUCCAUAUCGGUGUUUCAAAAUUUCUGCUCCUCUUUUAUCUUUUCCUUAAGAAACCUGCCAACUUUAUACCUUGCCAUUUAUGCAAAAAAAUCAAGGAAGUUUUGAAAGAAUUACAUCACUAAGUUUUCCAAAGGAAAAAUAAAGUAUGGCAGGAAGUCUACAACGUUGUAAACGGAGAUACGUGGUUAUGUACUUUGGCCAUCGAUUUAUCAAUGCAGGCCGCCUCACCAAGAGACAGACACUGAUUCUGGUUCAGAAGGGAGCAGUUUCAAUUUUCUAUUAAGUGCCACGAAUAUUGUGUCUGUUCACUAUUUAAACAACGUUCUAAGGCAGCUACUUGUAUUUUAUUCCUUUACUUUUUUGCUUUCUUUCUGGAAAGACAGCCAAAUUUUUGAUCGGUUAGCAAAGCAUCCACCAAUUUUAAUGUUAAGCUUGAAUAUUUCCCAAUUCUUGAAGGUACGGCAUCGUAGAAGCAACACGCUUGAGAAAUACAGCUGUCUCGAUUGGUGAGCACGCAAGUUGAAGUUAAACUUCAUCAGUGAAAAAAUUAAUGAUGAGAAGAUCUUGUGAGAGAAACAUAAGCCAUAAAAAAAGCACCCAUGUUUAUUGACACAAGUUCUGUAGUGGAGAAGGUCCAACAUCAACAAGCCGACAGCAGGAAAAUAAGUGCGGGGUUUAGCAUAGAGGAACAUAGUGACUUUAAAAGAAAAACUAAGUAAAGGUAGUUUUAAGCUCGCCUCGAAAGUUAUUUUCCCCUAUCAAAGAUCUGAUAUCUGCCUGAAAUAUUCAACAUGUAGAAACCGCUCUCAAAUAGUAUUUGUUACGUAAGAAUUGAAACUGCAAAUCUAUUUUACUCUGUUCCAAGCGCAUGUCUCUUGGUUCAGUAUUCUUGGAUGUAAUACACCAGAACUUAAUUCUAAAUGAAAAAAUGUCUAACAUUCAAAUGCCUAUUAAAGUUUUAAAAUCAGAAUCAAUGCCCUAUUUUUUAAUUGUAAGUUUAAAUAUUAGUUAAAACAGUUUAUUUUUAGUCGGUUAAAUUGCUUGCCACCAGUGUCUCAACAAGUGUAUUACUGUUUCAAAAAAGAUCCCCCCCCCCCCCAUUUACUGUUUUUCCCUUUCGGUAAGCGAUGAAGUGUCAAUUCAUAUUUCCCUUCAAUUUUUUUGGACUGUUGCAGCUUUCUUCUGAAAGAAAAACCUCUAAGUUCUGGAAGCAAUUUGUCUGAAAAGCUUAAUUUUAACGUGCUGUGUACAAGUUUCUAGAAGCUGUGAAGAUUUUUAAAAAUGAGAUAGGAAAUUAGGGGGGGGGGGGGAGGCUGCUAAAAAAAAUCAAGGAUGCACCAACUUUUAAAUGUCUUAUUUAGUCCUUCAAUUUUAUUAGGUGUAUUUGGCACGUGGCAUCCGGUGAAGUUAAGAUGUCUCACACAAAAACAGCUUUUAAGAAGCGUUAAUUUUUUUACUUACAGUAUAUCGAUGGCUUAAGUAGAAAAAUGCGUUUUUCCAUUUCAAUGUUUAAAAAUUCUCCAAUUAUGUUUCAUUUUUUUUAAAUGAGAAAACAAAUCCGAACAUCUCCUUAUUGUUUUUUGUGAAUCUUUUUAAGAAGUUAAAACAUUUUCAGAAACAAAAGAAGUCAUUGGUUAAUCUUCUUUUAAAAAAUUAAAACCAGAGAAAAAAUUUGCGCGCAACAUCCCAAUCCAAAAUUUGCUCUUUUGGACUUUAGUAAUCGAUAUGAUCUUUAUUACCUCGUCUUUCUCCAUGUAUGCUAUUCCGUUUUUGAUAAGCAUCAUAUGAGUUUGGCGUUGGUCAACUCCAAUAUGCGUAUCUUAUCUGAACUUGUUUUCAUUUUUAAUGUCUUCUCUGGCUCCUUUUUCUGCGCUGUCUUUUAUCAAUGGGCUCUAAAGGCUUGGUCAUCAGCAUGAUUCUUUAACUUUUUUAUAUGAACGUUUGACUCACCAUUAUCAUACAAUCUUUAAAAAAUUGGUAUCUACUUUCAAUACUUCACAUGAUGUUCAGAGAUGUUUUCAAGCGAUUUCUUACUACGUUUUGUUUGUAACUCUCAGAAGUGAAUUUAAUCGUUUGUUCUCUCUGUCCUUUAUUUUUACUGCGUAUCAUUUUAAUCAUAAUUUUUAUUAGGGACUAUACAUUUUUAGAUUAUCUUUCGUGUAAGAGGGGUAAAUUUCUCAUUCAAAUAAGCAAGUACACCAGGUUAUUUAGAUUGAGCAACUUAGUAUUAAAUUUUAUAUUCUUUUUAUUUUAAUCCCAGGCUUUGAAAUACCCUCAACAAUUUCCAUAAUUUACUUCAAAAAUAAUGUUCGCAUAUUUUAUUUAUUUACUUAUCUCUUUGUUUUUAUUAUUAUUAUAAUUCUUUUUUAUCUGCUUCUCCACUUCAUCCUAUACUUUCUCUUUCCCUUUUUACGUCAACCCAACUUACUAUCAACUCUUUUGUAUUUUUUUCAAAAUUAGCUGAGUGUUUUAAUAUAUCAUUUACUUUUGUAAGUUGCUAUGUGUGAAUUAUAGCAGAAAAAACAUAAGCUACCACAGCCCUUUUGUUAUGACAUACAAAAAUCUUUGCUGAAAAAAGGGAAAGGAAACUGUUAUGGGUUAAAUCAUUCAAUGGUACUAUUUAACCAUGUUUCAUACAAGUUUCUUGCAGUGAAUAGUUCAGUAAUCAUCAUCAGAUCUGUACAGAUCUGAACUGUAUCUGUGCAGAUCACACUGUUCGCUCUUGUAUCAUGUAUUUCAGAAGUCCUUGUACGUUUUCUUAAAACAUACCUAUCGGAUAAUUCUUCACUCCUUUUCCAAGCCCAAUUUCUCUCUACUUUGGUUUUCAUAUCUUUUUUUUAAGUUUUGAAAUCACAGCCUCAAAGUACCUACGUUGUUUGCUCUUGAUAAGCAAUUUCUGUUUAUCCCCCAAAUUAUGAUAUAUUGAUGGUCAAAGUGCAAAACCACGUAUCUCCAUCGCGGUGUUUCAAAAUUUUUACUCCUAUUUUAUUUUUUUUUAAGAAAAACAAACCAACUUGACAGCUUGAAAUUUCCUCAGAGUAUUCUGCUAACAGAGAAGAAAUAUCAAGGAAGUUUUCAAGACAUCAUGUUGACUACUUUUCCAAAGAAAAAAUAAAGUAUGACAGGAAGUUUGCAACAUCGCAACGAGAGAUACGUGGUUCCUCACUUAGGCCAUCGAUAGGCACCUUUCCAAUACCUUUGUUAAGUUUUCUUUCAACUCAAACAUUUUUGACUGAUUCAUAUAUUUUUUUAACCGUUCUGUCUGUGUUAAUAAACUUUGUUAUCAUGUGUCAUUUA